AUGUGGGUGCAUGAUGAAGCGCCCUGUUGCUCAGGCGUAACGCAAAGCUUCGUUACUCAGGAUCCUGAAUGGUUCAGGCGAAGGCAACGUGACCUGUUCCAAAGGCAACAAGGUCGAGCAUCCGCAAACUACAAAGCAAAGCACGAGCGGUUCAUAACGCUGGAAUCUCGCAUGGAUACUUUAACAAAUUGGCCUGAACAUUUGUCCCAGAGACCACAACAGCUGGCGGAGGCAGGGAUGUACUACACAGGUGUUGAUGAUUAUGUCGUUGUUUCGCUUGUGACGGCGGCUUGAGAAAAUGGAAACCAGGAGAUGAUCCUUGGAUAGAACACUGUCGAUGGUUUCCGGCUUGUCCUUUCGCAAGAGAAAUCAAGGGCGAUGAAUUUAUCAUCCUCGUCCAACUUUCUGCCGAUCGUGUCU